GCCGCGGGACCGCCAGCGCCGGAGAGCGGCAGCCCCAGCCCGUCCCGUCCGGGCGGCCGGGAAACUUUCCCGGGGCGCGGGGCAGAUCAGAUGAAGUUACAGAUGACAUGACCAAAGUCAAAACAAUGGAUGAACUGAUGAGGAGCAGCACUGAGAAUGUUAGCUGCUUAUUUGCUGGAAAUCCUAAGUGCAACUUCACUACCAAGAGACCCUGGUGUUAUGUGAUCAUUCAGCAGAGUUUGCAAUAAUGGAAAACCAAAGGAAAACCAAAACUAGCUGCAUCUCAUAAACAAAAAAUUUCAAGAUUCAGCUGAAUCAAAAAAUUAUUCCAGCCAUGGGAGAAAAUGCAAGUUUUUGGGAAAGUCUGAUAUAUGCACAUCCUACGUGUACCACCUGGAAGAAAGAGGCAGAGGGAUCUAUCUACCACCUAGCCAGUAUUUUCUUUGUUGUGGGCUUCAUGGGUGGAAGUGGAUUCUUUGGGCUCCUCUACGUCUUCAGCUUGCUUGGACUGGGCUUUCUCUGCUCUUCUGUUUGGGCUUGGCUGGAUGUGUGUGCUGCUGACAUUUUCUCCUGGAAUUUUGUGCUGUUCGCUAUAUGCUUCGUCCAGUUCGUUUAUGUUACCUACCAAGUCCGGAGUGUUGCCUUUGACAGAGAAUUCCAGGAACUCUACAGUGCUCUCUUCCAGCCUCUGGGAAUUUCCUUGACUGUGUACAGGAAGAUUGUCUUGUGCUGUGAUGCAGAAGUGAUUACCCUGGAGAAGGAACAUUGCUAUGCCAUGCAGGGCAAAACGCCUAUUGACAAACUGUCCCUGCUUGUGUCAGGCAGGAUCAGAGUGACAGUUGAUGGGGAAUUUCUGCAUUAUAUUUUUCCUCUUCAAUUUCUGGACUCUCCUGAAUGGGAUUCACUGAGGCCCACAGAAGAGGGAAUUUUCCAGGUCACACUCACAGCAGAGACAGAUUGCCGCUACGUGGCCUGGAGGAGGAAGAAGCUGUACCUGCUGUUCGCUAAGCACCGCUUCAUCUCCCGCCUGUUCUCCAUCCUGAUCGGGAGCGACAUCGCCGAGAAACUGUACGCGCUGAACGACAGGGUGCAGGUGGGGCAGGGCUUCAGGUACGACAUCCGCCUGCCCAACCUGUACCACGGGGCGCUGCCCGAGAGCCCGGCGCUGCCCUGCCCGCCCCCGCCCCGGCUGCAGCGCGGCUCGCCCCGGCCGCGCCCCGCCCGCAGCCCCCGCCCGGCCGGCCGCGCCUUCCUCCCUCCGGGGGAUGGGGACGCGACCAGACGAAGCCAAAUCUGACAGACAAGCGCCGUUUGUGUCGGCUGGAGUAGGUUGAGGUCUCUAUCUCGAGCCAGCAGGUUGGCUUCUGCAUUUUCACUGUCCGUGCAAUAUGUUUUCUUUCAGUAAACAUAUGUUCGGUGUGUUUCAGUAUGUUUACUUUCACUCCUGUUGAUCUCCAUCUCUUUCGUUUUGGAGGAGAACAAAUCAUAAGUCUGAGGUCUUAUUGUGAUGGCCUCUGGGUGGUGUGUUAUUUUGUUGUUUUGUUGCUGUUUUUAUUUUAAAGCAAGCCCAUGGUAUUUGUAACUACAUUUUCCCCAAACAUUUUUGCCACAAUGAAGUAUGGUCAGUAUAGUCAAUGAAAACAAGUAAGUUGUCUUCAAAAUAUAGCAACUUGCUUAUAAUGUUCUUUUUUAUGCCUUGUGAACAUUCUCUCAAUUUACAUGAAUAAUGUUGCAGAGAAAAGGCUAAGGAACAAUCGCAUUGGGUUUGUUUCUUGAAGAAAUUAAAGAUUUUGAAAUGCACAGCAAGAUUGUUAAAAACCCAAACAAAACAACAAAUUCAGUCCCAUGAGUAAUUGGUUUCUCUCUGUCUGUCCUUAAGAGGUAUUGAGUGAAAACAAGCACAAGUGUCAUUGCUGGCAUUAGAAAAAUAAAAGAGCUGUAACUGCUGCAAAUACAUCUUAGGGAAAUGAUUGUAUGGCAUUUCUGAUAGAAUGUGUUGCUAUAGGACCUGGGCUUCUGCAGUGCCAGCGCCCUGUGUGACAUGUACAAUAAAUGAUACCAGUCAAUCUACUGCCAAACCAUUGGAGUUUGUUGUAUGAUAUUCUUUUUAGCUGUGUUUGUCAGGAAGAGACUAAAACAGCUGCAGCAAUAAAUACAAUUUU